CGCCCUUAUCGAGUGGAAAGCAGACGGAGAGGCUUCUAUAAAGGGGGUUGCCAGGGGCAGUUCUGCACAGACUCGCCAUGAGGUUUUUGGUUGUCCUCGCCUCUGUGCUGCUGGCGGCGCUCGCUCGUCCCAGCACGCACGACUAUCUGCAUGGAGCCCAAGUUCUCCGCGUGCUUCCCGAGACGCCCGCGCAGGUCCACUAUUUGCAGGGUCUUCAGAAUCAGGAUCUCUAUGACUUCUGGACUGAGCCCCAUGGCACUGGUCACCCAGUCGACAUCAUGGCCCAGGCAUUCAGCGUGCCAGUGCUGAAGAAGACCCUUGAACAGAUCGGCCUUGAUUUCACCGUUCAGGUCAGCGACGUAGCCCUUCUGUUGGCCAAGGACAGGGAGGCCAACCAAAAGGCCCGCGCUGCAUCUGGAAAGGCCAUGGACUGGACCUCAUACCAUCGCUAUGAGGAGAUCGAAGCCUGGCUUGAGGAUCUAGCAGCCACAUACCCCGAACUGUGCUCAGUGAAAGACGUGGGAAAAUCCUACGAGGGAAGGACCAUGAAGCUGCUCACCUUGGGCAAAGGAGGAGCUGACAAGCCCGGGAUUUUCAUCGAUGGAGGUAUCCACGCCCGUGAAUGGAUCUCCCCUGCCACAGUGACCUACAUGCUUAACGAACUGGUCACCAACAGCGCCACAUACGAUGAUAUUCUCUCCAAUGUUAACUUCUACAUCAUGCCUUCCAUUAACCCCGAUGGCUACGAGUUCUGUCACACCGACGAUAGGAUUUGGCGUAAGACUCGCUCUGAAAACGGCUCUCCCUUCGGCUGCAAGGGAGUCGACCCGAACAGGAACUGGGGCUUCCAUUGGAAUGAAAACGGAGCCUCUAACAACCCUUGUUCAGAAAUCUUCGCCGGCCCCUCCGCGUUCUCAGAGAUCGAGAUGCAGAACGUCCGAGAUCAGAUCCUCGCUCAGUCGAACCUCGUGGUCUAUCUGACUUUCCAUUCCUACUCUCAGCUGUGGCUUUAUCCCUGGGGCUACACUUCAGCUCUCCCCGAUGACUGGCAGGACUUGGAUACCUUGGCUCACUCGGCCGUGGAUGCUCUUACAGCUGUACACGGAACUAUCUACGAUAUCGGUUCCUCUACUAACGUCCUGUACGCCGCAGCCGGAGGGUCAGACGACUGGGCCAAGGGCGAAGGCGGAGUCAAGUACGCCUAUACAGUGGAGCUCCGUGACACAGGUAACUACGGCUUCGUCCUUCCUCCCGAUCAGAUCAUUCCUACAGGCGAGGAGACGUUCGAAGCUCUCAAAGUGGUAGCGAACUUCGUUAAGGACAACUAUUGAGGGAAUCUUCAGAGGCUCGGAGAUGUGAUUAAGAGACCAAAUAAAAAUUGAGAUUUGUG